UUGUUUUGAAUCAUCAAGUCCUCUUCCAUAGCCAAGAUGGCGGAAUAUGAUCUUACAACAAAAAUCGCCCACUUUCUGGACAGGCACCUGGUUUUCCCACUGCUGGAAUUCCUUUCAGUAAAAGAGAUCUACAAUGAUCAUGAGCUCCUCCAUGGAAAGCUGGAUCUUCUCAGUGAAACCAACAUGGUGGACUUCGCCAUGGAUGUUUACAGGAACUUAUUUCCUAACAAAGAAAUCCCCAACUCUCUCAGAGAAAAGAGGACUGAUGUUGUUGCUCAGUUGAAGCAACUGCAAGCUGAUACUGAGCCAAUCGUGAAGGUGUUUGAAGAUCCAGAGACCACCAGGCAGAUGCAGUCGACUAGGGAUGGGCGUAUGCUUUUUGACUAUUUGGCCGAGAAGCACGGUUUCCGCCAGGAGUACUUGGACACCUUGUACCGAUACGCCAAGUUCCAGUACGAGUGUGGGAACUACUCAGGUGCAGCGGAGUACCUCUACUUCUUCAGAGUCCUGGUUCCAGCCACUGACAGAAACGCACUGAACUCUCUGUGGGGCAAGCUGGCCUCCGAGAUCCUGAUGCAGAACUGGGAAUCUGCCAUGGAGGACCUUACCCGCCUGAGGGAGACUAUCGAUAACAAUACGGUCAGCUCUCCUCUCCAGUCUCUUCAGCAAAGGACUUGGCUCAUCCACUGGUCUUUGUUCGUGUUCUUCAACCACCCAAAGGGCAGAGACAACAUCAUUGAGCUUUUCCUCUAUCAGCCACAGUACCUCAAUGCCAUCCAGACGAUGUGUCCACACAUACUGCGCUAUCUGACCACAGCUGUCAUCACCAACAAGGACGUCCGCAAGCGCAGACAGGUGCUAAAGGAUCUGGUGAAAGUCAUCCAGCAGGAAUCAUACACCUACAAAGAUCCCAUCACAGAGUUCGUGGAGUGCCUGUAUGUGAACUUUGACUUUGAUAGUGCUCAAAAGAAGCUGAGAGAGUGCGAGGCGGUGCUGGUGAAUGACUUUUUCUUGGUGGCGUGUCUGGAGGACUUCAUUGAAAACGCUCGGCUGUUCAUCUUCGAGACCUUCUGCAGAAUUCACCAGUGCAUCAGUAUAAGCAUGCUGGCGGAUAAGCUGAAUAUGACUCCCGAGGAAGCAGAGAGAUGGAUCGUGAACCUCAUUCGCAAUGCCAGGCUGGAUGCCAAAAUCGACUCCAAACUGGGUCAUGUAGUGAUGGGCAACAACGCCGUUUCGCUGUACCAGCAGGUGAUUGAGAAAACCAAGAGCCUUUCAUUCCGCAGCCAAAUGCUGGCCAUGAACAUCGAGAAGAAGCAGAGCAACGCCAACAAGAAUGAGACUCCAAACUGGGCGGCGCAGGAAACCGGCCUUUUCUGAGUGGCGCUUUGUGGACCGUACACUUCCAUCGUACUUUCCAGCAUUCCCAAGCUGCGGCCGAACACGCUGUUCUCCGUCCCGUGUCCUUCAAAGGGGGAGAGGGAGGGAGAGAGCGAGAGACCUUAUUUUUGCACUUGGGUCUGGUAUUAAAUAAAAAAAAAAAUUUAAAACCA